CGGCGGCUGGCUAGGGAUGAAGAAUAAAAGGAAGCACCCUCCAGCAGUUCCACACACUCGCUUCUGGAACGGCUGAGAUUAUCAAUAAGCUCCUAGUCCAGACGCCAUGGGUCAUUUCACAGAGGAAGACAAGGCUACUAUCACAAGCCUGUGGGGCAAGGUGAAUGUGGAAGAUGCUGGAGGAGAAACCCUGGGAAGGCUCCUGGUUGUCUACCCAUGGACCCAGAGGUUCUUUGACAGCUUUGGCAACCUGUCCUCUGCCUCUGCCGUCAUGGGCAACCCCAAGGUCAAGGCACAUGGCAAGAAGGUGCUGACUUCCUUGGGAGAUGCCAUAAAGAACCUGGAUGAUCUCAAGGGCACCUUUGCCCAGCUGAGUGAGCUGCACUGUGACAAGCUGCAUGUGGAUCCUGAGAACUUCAGGCUCCUGGGAAAUGUGCUGGUGACUGUUUUGGCAAUCCAUUUCGGCAAAGAAUUCACCCCUGAGGUGCAGGCUUCCUGGCAGAAGAUGGUGGCUGGAGUGGCCAGUGCCCUGUCCUCCAGAUACCACUGAGCCCCCUGCCCACGAUGCAGAGCUUUCAAGGAUAGACUUUAUUCUGCAAGCAAUAAAAAUAAUAAAUCUAUUCUGCUAAGUGAUCACAAA